GUGGGUGGCAGCGCACCGCCGAGGCAGCCCCACCGCCGCCCCCGGCGACCGUUACCCGCUGAGGGACGGCGCGGCGUCCCCCGGCUCGGCGGCUGAGCGGGGACGCCGGGGAGCGCCGCUUCGCCGCCGCCUCCUCCUCCUCCAGGCAGGAUGGUGGACCUGGACAGCGAGGUGCCCCCGCUGCCGCCGCGGUACCGCUUUCGGGACCUGCUGCUGGGCGAGCAGGGCUGGCAGAGCGACGACAGGGUGCAAGUUGAAUUCUAUAUGAAUGAAAAUACAUUUAAAGAGAGACUAAAGCUCUUCUUCAUCAAAAACCAAAGAUCAAGCCUGAGAAUACGAUUAUUCAAUUUUUCUCUCAAGCUACUAAGCUGUUUCUUAUACAUAAUUCGUGUGCUUCUAGAUGAUCCAACACAAGGACACGGAUGUAAGGAAUUAAACCGGGGUUGUUCCAAUCAAAACUACACACCUGGAACAAUUGAUUGGUCUCCUAUUAUUUGGGUGAAUCGAAGUUUGCCUUUAUGGGGAUUACAGGUUUCAGUGGCUUUAAUAAGUCUCUUCGAAACACUGCUGCUGAGUUACCUAAGCUACAAGGGAAAUAUCUGGGAACAAAUUCUGAGGAUACCCUUCCUACUUGAAAUAAUAAAUGCUGUCCCUUUCGUCAUCACGAUUUUCUGGCCAGUCCUAAGAAACCUGUUUAUUCCUGUAUUUUUAAAUUGUUGGCUGGCAAAGCACGCUUUGGAGAAUAUGAUUAAUGAUCUUCACAGAGCCAUCCAACGUACACAGUCUGCAAUGUUUAACCAAGUCCUCAUUUUAAUAUCCACCUUACUGUGUCUUAUCUUCACUUGUAUUUGUGGAAUUCAGCAUCUGGAACGAGCAGGAAACAGGUUGACUCUCUUUGACUCCCUUUAUUUCUGCAUAGUGACGUUUUCCACUGUGGGCUUUGGGGAUGUUACACCCAAGAUAUGGCCUUCAAAGCUGCUUGUUGUCAUUAUGAUCUGUGUUGCUCUUGUGGUGUUGCCCAUACAGUUUGAACAGCUGGCAUACUUGUGGAUGGAAAGACAAAAGUCUGGUGGCAACUACAGUCGACACAGAGCUCAGACGGAAAAACAUGUUGUGCUGUGUGUCAGCUCCCUGAAGAUUGAUUUACUUAUGGAUUUCUUAAACGAAUUCUAUGCUCACCCCAGACUGCAGGACUAUUAUGUUGUCAUUUUGUGUCCUACUGAGAUGGAUGCUCAGGUCCGAAGGGUGUUACAAAUCCCAAUGUGGUCUCAGAGAGUUAUCUAUCUGCAAGGCUCAGCACUAAAAGAUCAAGAUCUGUUGAGAGCUAAAAUGGAUGAUGCUGAAGCUUGUUUCAUUCUGAGUAGCCGCUGCGAGGUGGACCGGACAGCAGCUGAUCAUCAGACCAUUUUAAGAGCAUGGGCAGUUAAAGACUUUGCCCCAAAUUGUCCUUUGUACGUUCAGAUACUGAAACCUGAGAAUAAAUUCCACAUCAAAUUUGCAGAUCAUGUUGUGUGUGAAGAGGAAUUCAAAUAUGCUAUGCUAGCUCUGAACUGUAUAUGUCCAGCUACCUCUACAUUAAUCACACUGCUGGUUCAUACAUCUAGGGGACAAACAGCACCAUGGGAAGCUUUUCGACAGCUAACUGGAACCAAGCAGACUUCAAGCAGGGAGAGUCAGCAAUCACCAGAACAAUGGCAGAAAAUGUAUGGCAGAUGCUCUGGUAAUGAAGUGUAUCAUAUUAACCUGGAAGAAAGUACUUUUUUUGCUGAGUAUGAGGGGAAAAGCUUCACAUACGCUUCUUUCCAUGCACAUAAAAAGUUUGGAGUCUGUCUGAUUGCUGUUAGAAAGGAAGAUAACAAAAACAUUUUGCUGAAUCCAGGUCCUCGAUAUAUCAUGAGUUCUACAGAUAUAUGUUUUUAUAUAAACAUCACCAAAGAAGAAAAUUCUGCGUUUAAGAAUCAAGAAAAGCAUAGAAAAAGACAUGAAUCAAAAUUAUCAUAUCAUGGAGCUUCUAGGUUGCCUGUACACAGUAUAAUAGCCAGCAUGGGGACAGUGGCUAUCGAUUUACAAGACACAGGAUGUCGAACGUCCAGUGGACCUACGCUAGCUCUUCCUUCCGAGGGAGGUAAAGAGGGCAGACGGCCCAGUAUAGCACCUGUUUUGGAGGUUGCAGACUCAUCCUCACUUCAGACAUGCGACCUGCUAAGUGACCAGUCAGAAGAUGAAACUACCCCAUCGGACGAUGAAGUCUCUGCAGGCUUAGAGUAUGCCAAAGGCUAUCCUCCUUACUCUCCUUAUAUUGGAAGCUCUCCCACAUUUUGUCACCUUCUGCAUGAAAAAGUGCCCUUCUGUUGUCUAAGAUUAGAUAAGGGGUGCCAACAUAACUACUAUGAAGAUGCCAAAGCCUAUGGAUUCAAAAAUAAAUUGAUUAUAGUUGCAGCAGAAACUGCUGGAAAUGGCUUAUAUAAUUUUAUUGUGCCACUCAGAGCUUAUUACCGACCGAAGAAAGAACUAAAUCCCAUUGUAUUACUCCUGGAUAACCCGCCAGAUAUGCAUUUUCUGGAUGCAAUCUGUUGGUUUCCAAUGGUUUACUACAUGGUGGGCUCUAUCGACAACCUAGAUGAUUUAUUAAGAUGCGGGGUCACCUUUGCAGCUAAUAUGGUGGUGGUGGACAAAGAAAGUACAAUGAGUGCUGAGGAAGACUACAUGGCAGAUGCUAAGACUAUUGUAAAUGUUCAAACACUUUUUAGGUUGUUCUCAAGCCUAAGCAUUAUCACAGAACUAACUCACCCAGCCAAUAUGAGAUUCAUGCAGUUCAGAGCCAAAGAUUGCUAUUCUCUUGCUCUAUCCAAAUUGGAAAAGAAAGAGCGGGAGAAGGGAUCUAAUUUGGCAUUUAUGUUUCGACUGCCUUUUGCUGCUGGCAGGGUUUUCAGCAUCAGUAUGUUGGACACACUGCUAUAUCAGUCAUUUGUGAAAGAUUAUAUGAUUUCUAUCACAAGACUUCUGCUGGGACUUGAUACCACACCAGGAUCUGGGUUUCUUUGUUCUAUGAAAAUCACAGAAGAAGAUCUGUGGAUUAGGACAUAUGCCAGACUAUAUCAGAAACUUUGUUCUUCUACAGGAGACAUUCCAAUUGGAGUCUAUAGGACAGAAUCUCAAAAGCUUACAACAUCUGAGUCACGAGAAAUGGCUUCACAAUCUCAAAUCUCUAUUAGUGUGGAAGAAUGGGAAGACACUAAAGACACCAGAGAGCACUUUAAUUAUCGCAGUAAUCAUCGUAACUCAACAUCUAGUGAUCAGUCUGAUCAUCCUUUGUUACGACGAAAAAGCAUGCAGUGGGCCCGACGGCUGAGCCGAAGAGUACCAAGACACUCUGGUAAAACAGCUGAGAAGAUAAGCCAGCAGCGAAUGAAUCUUUAUAGGAGAUCAGAAAGACAGGAACUUGCUGAACUUGUGAAAAAUAGAAUGAAGCACCUGGGCCUUUCUCCAGCAGGAUAUGAUGAGAUGAAUGAUCAUCAGAACACCCUUUCUUACAUCCUGAUCAAUCCUUCUCCAGAUACAAGAUUAGAGCUAAAUGAUAUAGUAUACUUGAUCCGACCUGAUCCCUUGGCUUAUGUUCCAAAUACAGCACCCAGCCGAAAAGACAGCUUCUGCAAUACAGUGGGACAAGACACCAGGGAGGAAACACAACUUUGAUAUGUAAUUCAUCACAAAAUUAAGAGAGACUUCUAUACACACACAGUUUCCACCAACCAUUUUGAAAACUGAGUGGUACAUUUUAUUCAGAUUUUGGAAUCAAAUUUACAGUGGGUAAGUCACCAACUUUAGAAACAUGAUCUCUAGAAAUUCUAAUUUUAGUGAUUGUCAGGCUUAUGGCCUGUUCAGUAUGGUAGUUGAACUUAGCAGAAUUGUGAAACCUAUGAUUUAACCAAUAUAAAGAAAUGAUGAAAGUGAUAGAUUCCAACAUAUGUUUCACUUAGAAGCUUCUAUGCAUAUUUAUCAAGGUGACAGCAUGCCAGUGACUAAGCUCCUGAUGUACCUCCUCAGAGAUUAUCUGAUGCCCAUAGACAGAUGACGCAUAAUUUGUAGCAGAAAAUAUGUUAAUACCUAAAGGUGCCAAUGAGGCUGUAUGCAUCAAGAGUCCAGCCUUUGAAAUAAUAUUCAAGCUUAGCUUGACACCUAUAUAUAUUAGAAAAGCCUAGUUUGGUCCCAUUGCCUCUAGGACUUCAGUGUAUGUUCUGUGGGCUUACAGGAUGACACAGCUUAGUCACACUCGUAGAGGUUCAGAUCUGGGGCACAUUCACUGAAAAAUUAGCCCAGAGGAGCCCACCUGGAAGCAAUUCCCCAUCAUCUCACACAGGCAUUUCAAAAGGUAGCAUUUUGUAGAGCAACUGAAGCAGGACUCUUAUUAGGGAUACAAAAACCAUACAGAAACAGCCCCCCUAUCUGCAAAUCCUGGAAAGGUACUGUAUGUGAAACUGCACACAAUGGUAGCUCAGGUGAAAAACGACCCUUUUAACCUCAGUGAGGUGUCAAUGAGAAGCCUUAGUAGAUAAUACAGAAGAGAGAACAUCUCUCUAGGAAACAAUUCAUAUCACAGAGCCUUCCUAUCUCCACGAUGAUGACAGAACUGCAACUGUCCAAAGUAUGCAUAUGCCCAGUCAGGUUACCCAAAUGUGAUAAAUUUUAUAUGAAAUUAUGUAUCAUGUUGAAAAUGAGAGAAACUUAUUACCCAUUCCAUAAAACAAAUGGAAUACUGCAUUACAUGAAAAGCACCAUGGAUUUGAAGGCUCAGUUUUGGCAGUAAGUACACAAGAAAGAAUCUACUAGUGUACGAAACACCUGAAGCUGCUACAGAAUCUUCGGUCAGAAGUUUUGCUCAAAUCUUCUACAGAGGAAGCAUGACUGUGUAUGAUCUUCCAAAAUCACAUGCUUGCUUUGCCAUCAAUCACAAAGGGGGAAGAGCAUCCUUAAGGUAAAAACCCUACUGCUACAACAAUCCAUACAGAACUGUGCAAGAAAUUUAACAUGCAGACUACAGUGAAAAGACAGAUUAUUCUUUGAAUUCCCUUGAUGUCUUACAUGUACAAAAAUAAUCCACUCAAAAAAUAUAUUAUCUCCUGUAUUAUUCGGAAAACCAACUACAUGGCAGAUUUUGCUCUGAAAAAUAAAAUGCCAAGUUGCCCAAAGAAAAACUCAUGGAUGCAAUUAUGCUUAUAAGCAUUGCAAGAAUGUUGAAAUCAAAUCACAUUCAUAUUAGGAAUGACAGAAAAUAUUCUAUUAUUUCUUCUCUUCCUCUUAAUUCUUCUGAAAUUUAACUGUUCCAUAUGGCUUUAAGAUUACUGACUUACAAGAAAACAGAGGCCUUAGAAUAGACUGAAGUUGUCAGAACACUAGCACGAGAACAAGAGUUCCAGUUCUAACAGGAAAUUUCACUACUGAAAAUUAGUACAACUACUAUUCACUACCAAAAAUCAGUACAACUAUAGGUUCUAUACAUAUCUAGUAUAAGGAUCAAUGGGCAUAUAUAAUUCAUUUUGACAAAUCAGUUGGAACAAAGUAUGUAAGUUCAUUUUUCAGUUCUUCUCACCUAUUAGAAGUUAACUCUCAGUGCUAUAGUUGCUGCCUCCUACAUCAGUAGGCACAUUUGCAAGCUCCCUGUUCUGUUUGGGGACAGUAAGGCAGGCAGAAUAUCUUUAGCACUUCAAUUUUCUCUACUUAGAAGGCAAAUUCAGUGCCAAUAAAAGGACUUUCCUAGAAUGCAACUGAACCAUCGAUUGCUUUACUGAAAGAACUUUCCUUAGUGACAUUUUUAAUUACUCAGUUAUUAGAUAGACUGGUGGUUUCUAGAUAGAUGCUUUAAUCAAGAACGCAUAUUGCUUAUGCUUCAGUAUUUAUACUAGUUUGCCUAUGAAGCAUCCAAAUAAAUUAUUCUUAGAUGCUACCUACACUUAGAUCUCUGAAGUUUGAUAUAGACCAUUGACAAUGACAGGAAGUCCGCUUAUAUCUAGGAUAUACCUAUAUCCCACAAUGCUAGCCAGAAAGGUAGUAAGUUAUCUAAAUCUGUAUCAGAGCCAACUACUACCUGUUUAAGUAAGCACCAUUUCAGCAAAACCAAACUUCAUAAGAAUAAUUGUUUCAAUGCAUAUAAAGUCCUGAAUGUGUCAGGGGUUAGUUAAGGAGAGCCCAAAGCAGCAAUACUAAGGAGCCUGCGUUUUUUCCACAUUGGCUGCAUGUGGAAUCAUUGAAAUUCAAAUAAUGUAGAGCUGCCAGAAAGCUACAUUCCACUAAAGUUUUUAUAUGGGUCUCAUGUCAGGCAUCCCCCCCGCCCUCCUUCCCCACUACUUGUCUUCAGGCCUAUUCUCCAACCACACACACAGGAUGAGGCUUCAUAUAAGAGGGCCUGGAGACAGUCUCGUUAUUAAUUGGAGCCAGAAGUAAUGCAUUCCAGUUAGGUGUCCAGAGACCAUGAAUGUAGAAGAGGCAGGAAACUAACUCUACUCUGAACCAGCCAUUUAUACAAAAUUAGGAGAGCUUCAGGUGUCAGCUAGAGACAGCACAUAGGAAGUAGAUCUUGUCACUCUCCCAAGAUGCAAAAAUAGUUGAAUUCAAUCUUUAUAUUAAUAAGCAUUGAGAUUUGAAAAUAUUUUUACUUCCUACCAGACACCUGAAAUGAAAGUAGAAUAGAACUAUGACCAUCUUUUAAAUGCUUCUAGACCAAGCCAAACAGAAGGUGGGGAGAUUCACAACAGGAAAAUAGCCCAAGCACACAGGAGACUGCCUAGCAUAAGUCAUGCCUAUCUUCUCAACCUGACUCCUCAAAAAACUCACGUUAAGCAGAAUCAGCAUGCGGUUAUAAUCUCUGCCAGGGAAGGUAAUACUAGCCUUAGGGAACAAAUUGGUCAGGUAUAGAAUCUCUGUCUUUUGAUCCAGCUGGGGCCAGCUCCUGAGGAAGUUCCCGUACCAAGAAGGAAAAUUUCUGUGAUUAAAGAAUCAGAAGAGGAGGAUUGUCAAUUUCAUUCAAGACACUGUUCUGUGGCAUAGGGAAAUCUUUCAGCAUCUGAUCACAUGUGGUACUGGAAGUGACUACAAUGCUGUAUUCAAACUAGCCUGGAUAGUGAUUUAAAAUCAGUCACCAAGACAAUUCUGGAGAAUAAACUACAAUGCAUAGGUAUUUGUCUGUAAGCUACAGGCAUCUGCUAAAGACAUCUUACAGAAAUAUAUACACAUGUAGUCCGUGCUUUUUUGCCUUUUUUAAUUUAUAAAAUUUGUGGAUGAACUAGCUCAAGACUGUUACAUUAAAGGGAGAACAGAAAGAUAUGAUGAAGUACAGAAGCUUUUCAAUAGAAUAAUGUUUUGAGACCUCAGGAACCACAAGUCACCAGAUGGGUCUUCUGCAUAACCAGCAAAUAAAUGGCAGCUGAACCAGUUGCAGGACAUUAACCCAUUAGAAGAAAACCUUAUGGUGUACACAAGGGUAAGACACCACUGAUAACCCAAGAGAAUUUUCACAGAAGCAGUUUGAACAAUGCUCACAAGUUACUUAGAGCUUGCCCCAUUCACAAUCCACCCUUUCCUCCAAUGGAAAGGGUCAAUAUUCUAAAACAAAAGACAUGCCAAAUCCAGAGCAUUUGUUACUGCUUCCAAACUGAUCCUCUGACAAGCUAUGGAGGUAAACUCUUACGUAUCUAUCCAAUUCAUCUCAGGUGCUAAGUGUUCCACUAAUAAACUACCUGAUUUUUUUUUUCUGUGCAGAUUAUCUGGCCAGUACAGCUGUGUUUUUUUUGUUUGUUUUUGUUUUUAAGCUGAGGCAGAGGGGAGGCACAGGAGAUGUUGAUUACUUUGUUUGUAACAGGGCUUGUUUCUGCAGAAAAUUCCUUAAAUCACCAUGCAGAACUUCCUUAUUAUCAACUUCAACAAGAAAGAAAAAGACUAGAUAGAGGUACAAAUGAUAGCUAGAAACAUACAAAAACACUUUAUUUACCAGCCCUAUUACAGAUUUGGACUUUCUGAACAUUUAUGAGCAACAAGACUUGAGCUCCAUUUGAGUAUUUUAUGUUAUCUCCUACUUCCCACCCCUAGUAUAAUUUCAUUAUUGUCGUCUGUGCAGCCUCCAUCACAUUAUUACAGGGGCAAUUAAAAAAAAAUACUUAAAUACUUUUAAGAAAUGGUGAAUUCACAUUAAAUAAAGAGUUCAAUACAGUUGAAGACUAUUCAUUCACGAUAAACUAACUAUAAGCAUUAAGAGGAACCAGUCAACAAAGACUUCAAAUAAUCCACAGGGCUUUGAGAUAUUCUGCAUACUUGACACUUGCUACAAUUUUACUAUGCUCCUGCUGUGUUUGUGGCUUAUGAAAUACUGCUCUGCAUUUAGCAACUACAGUUUUCAGGCUAACCUCUUCAAGUAAUUUAUUAGUAUGUCUA